CUAACAUUGAACUUUAUGCUGUCCAGCAUUUCCGUGCAAGAUUUAAACACGGUCAAGCCAUCGCUUUGAUUAGUGAGUGGCAUGGCAUAUGCGGCGCAGGAUCUGGACGCGUCGCUGAGAACAUUGCAGAUGUCAUGAGUGACUUGAAGCAGUGUACUGGCCCCUGAGGUUCCAUAAUACCGACUAAUAAUAAGACAACGUCCAAGAACACAGUGUAGCCUGUGCCGAAGACGCUUCACUUCGAGAAAAGGAGACGCUUGUCAACUGCUGCCUUGAGUUUGGAAUCACUCGGAUGACCAAGGCGGUUAGCGGAGAACCUGUCACCUUUGAAAAAGACUUUUCCACACGCUUCGCGAAAGGAUCCGAAAUCACAACUCUCUUAGAUGACAACUCUUGUGAUGCGAUCAUUGUUCCGGAGGGCUGCCGUAAUCCUUCGGAUCUAGGUCAAGCUCCAGUCAUUUGCUUAAUCUAUUCUCCAAGCACGCCGGUUGAAGUUGAUGAGACCGGUCUGACAAUCAAGGGUCCCGGAAUGCCCUUUGGGGCCCUUCUCAUCGGACGAAAAUGGGAUGAGCAGACCCUGUUAUCUGUGGCAUCUGCAUACGAGCAAAUCAUGGAAGAUCAACUCCUGGAUCAAGACCGCCUUUGGAUUUUUCCGAAGACAGAGCUUCGGGAUAUCAUCCAUCCCAAGGUUGUGGAGGAAUAACGAUUUGGUCCAUAGGGUGUAAAU